CUUUACUGAGCAUGAUGAAGAUCCUAGCAGCUCUAUAGAGAACAACACAUUAGGAUGACACACACCAAGGAGUCUUCAUCACUUUGUGUCUCCAGCUGCAGAUGUUGAGCAGCAGAACUGAGAUUUAUGUGUUAAAUGAGGAUCAAGGUGAAGCUUUAGCUCCUGUUGUUCAUCAGAUGAACUGAAGUUUUGGUCGUUUCUCUCAUGUUUGGUUUCAGUUUUGAUGUUUUAGUCUAAAAACUCAAAUCCUAAAAUCCCAGAGAUGAUAAUAACUCAGAGAUCUGAAGCUGAGGAUCAGAGUUUGUGUUGAGAGUCAGUAGCAGCUGAUCUGAUCAAACAUGUUUAACAUGUAAUUUCAUCACAUAGAGGACAGACAAGAUGGAGUCCAUCAGUAGUGAGUGGUUGUAUUUAUGCAGCUCAGAUCAAAUCAUCACUAAAUGUUUCCUUCUUGUUGUUCCAGGUUUGGUCAUCAGAGCUCAGAUCUUCAUGAACAAACCAGGUUUUUAGUGAAUCUGUUCUGUGCAGCAGCAGAGAGAGAACAGCAGACAGGAGAGAAGAUGCUGGAGAUGUUAGCAUCAGUCUGUAGAUAUGAAACUUUAUUAGGUCAUAAAUAUAAAUCUCAGAGUGACUUCCUGCUGGAUCUGUACUCCCAGAUGAAGGACAGAGAGACUAAAUCAGGUCUGAGUCUCCUUCCAUCAUUACAGUCAGUUUUCCAGUCGGCUCCUGAACUCUGGACCAUAAAGCUCUCAGAGAGAAAGACCUCCAUCCUCCUGGAAGUGAUGAAACUCCAACCAGAGAAGAAACCAGUGGAGCUGACACACUGCUCACAUGAAGAGAGUGAAGUGAGGAGUUUCCUGCAGUGUCUGCCUUUUAUCUCACAGCUCAGGUUUGAUCUUGAGAGCUCAGAUCUUCAUGAACAAACCAGGUUCUUAGUGAAUCUGUUCUGUGCAGCAGCAGAGAGAGAACAGCAGACAGGAGAGAAGAUGCUGGAGAUGUUAGCAUCAGUCUGUAGAUAUGCAACAUUUCCCUUGUCGGAUAAAUACAUGGAUGAUUAUGUUGUCAUAUAUCAGAGUGACUUCCUGUUGGAUCUGUACUCCCAGAUGAAGGACAGAGAGACUAAAUCAGGUCUGAGUCUCCUUCCAUCAUUACAGUCAGUUUUACAGUCAGCUCCUAAAGUCUGGACCAUAAAGCUCUCAGAGAGAAAGACCUCCAUCCUCCUGGAAGUGAUGAAACUCCAACCAGAGAAGAAACCAGUGGAGCUGACAGACUGCUCACAUGGAGAGAGUGAAGUGAGGAGUUUCCUGCAGUGUCUGCCUUUUAUCUCACAGCUCUGGUUUCAUCCUCAGAGCUCAUAUCUUCAUGAACAAACCAGGUUCUUAGUGAAUCUGUUCUGUGCAGCAGCAGAGAGAGAACAGCAGACAGGAGAGAAGAUGCUGGAGAUGUUAGCAUCAGUCUGUAGAUAUGAAUUGGAAGAAUAUGAUGAUGAUGAUGAUGAUCACAGUUUUAAAUAUCGUCUUGACUUCCUACUGGAUCUGUACUCCCAGAUGAAGGACAGAGAGACUAAAUCAGGUCUGAGUCUCCUUCCAUCAUUACUUGAGAGUUUAAUCUGUGAUCUCUGCAGACUGAGUGAAGAGAGACUCCAGCAGCUUCUGGUUCUCCUCCAUGAGGUCCAAGACCAAGACAGGACAUUGUCCCUCUUGAAUAAGGUUGGUGGAGACCUGAGCUCCUGCAGGUUGAGCUGGGAGCUUCUUCACUACCUGCUGCAGCAGCCGACAGCUCAGACCAUCACUGUGAACCUGAAGAAGAAUCGAUUCUUAGAGGAGAGAGCUGCUCAGCUGCUGCCCUUUCUGCAUAGGAUGGUGAUUCAAAGGCCCAGUCCCAGCUUUGUUAGGACUUCCAUCAAGGAGAUCUUCAGGACUCACCACAGUCACCUGAUAUCCGGGUUGCUGAGGUCACUGGGUCAUGUAAUCAACCUGAACUGCACAGAGAUGGACUCAGAGGACUGUGAUGCUCUGCUGUUCAUCCUCAGACACAGUGAUGGAGUUAAACUGAGGCUGCUGUGGAGCUCCAUCCCAGCAGAGGGAAUACAGUCCAUCCUGUCUUUGCUGCACACAGUUUCUGAUCUCAGUGUGGACAGGAAUCUCCUGCUGAGGUUCAUCCACUGCUGCGCUUUCUCUGACAGCCAGCAGGGGGCAGCAUCAGACUUACUGAGGACUCUGCAGCACAGGUUGGAUCUGUCCUGCUCCUCCUGUGUGCAGCUACCAGAGGAGGAUCAGACUGAGCCUCUGAGCCUGACGGCUGCUGACUGCAGGGCCGUCUCCAUCGUCCUGAGACACAGCAGCAGAGACACACAGCUGGACCUGAGAGACUGUGAGGUGGAGGACAGCGGGCUGGACCUGCUGUUUCCUGUCCUGGACAGAAUCCAUCUCAUAGUCAGUAAGACGAUCCUGGUCCAGCUUCUGUCUCUGCUUGCUGUGAACAAUCAGAGGGACACAGUGAGACGGACAAUGUCCCUGUGCAGAGCUCUGGGAGGAGAACUGGACCUGAGUCACUGCCCACUGGAUCAGAGGCUCUGUGGAGCUUUGGUUCUGAUGCUGGACUACUCUGAAGGUCUGACAGAGCUGGACCUCAGUCACUGCCAGCUGACAGACCAGCUGCUGCUCCAACUCAUCACACAUCUGCACAAAGUUCACAUCCUGGAUCUGAGUCACAAUCAGAUCACUGAUGCCUCCACUGCUUGGUUACUCUACCUGGUCUCCAUCAGCCCCUCCCCUGGUUCUGUGAGACUGAACAACAACAACAUUAUCAACAAAACUCCUUUUAAGAACAACAGGAAGUUUGAAAUCUGGUGAAGCAGCUGGUCAUGUGACCAACAGGAAGUCCCUUUCUCUGGUGUAAUCUAAAGCUGUGUGUUCACUGGGUGGAGUGUGACCCAUAUAUGGAGGUCUUAGUCCUCAACGUCACUCUCAUGGCUUAACUUCUUCCGCCUCUGUCAUAAGUCACAUUCCUGUCUGACAGCUGCUAAAGAAAGGCCACCUGAGCCAAAAAAACGUUUCUCCUUGGGACAUAAUGGCUGCCAACACUGAACUGAUCAGCAGUGGGUUGCAGCUGUUCUUCUGGUUUCUAGGUUGUUGUAGGGUUUGCUAUAUAGAAUCUGUUUUCAUUGUUAUUGUUUUGUUAAUCUCUUUUUGUAUGAGAAUUGCUAAGAACUUAACUAAAGUAGAACAUAAAUAAAGCUGAUGUAGUUUUUUACUUGUUCUUCAUUAUGUUUUUCUAUGUUUUUCCAGUUCCCAUGUUUGUGUACUCUCUAUCUUCCUGCUACUCUUGCAUCCUGUUUCUAUUCAGUCAUCUGUUCUUUGUACAAUAAUGAAUCUCUCCAAUAUAUGUAGAAGUUAUUCUCAGUCACUCCUUGCUGGUUUCUCCCCUGGAUUCCUAGUUUUUGUUCUGCUCUCACUCUUUGUGUUCCCUAUGUUUUAAUAAGUUUGUUUUUGCUCAUUUAUUUCUCAUUAAACUUCAAGAACUACUCCCUGC